GGAUAACCAGUUUGAUAAAAAUGACGUUUGACAAAAUGACAAACUAUAUUCGUGUAUUCUUCUUGACAAAAAUGGAAAUUGCCUAAAAAUACAAUGAAAAACAUUCAAUAUAAUGCUAAAUUAAACAUUGACUUCUAUCUUCAUCGUAAUGUAUUUAUUUAAAAGUAAUACUGUAUUUAAUUCAGCACGUAAAUUUAGACGACUGUAUAGUUCAGGUAGAAAGACUCACUAUGAGGUACUUAACUUACAGAAAAACUGUACGGAUAAAGAGAUUAAGGAUGCAUUUAUUAAGAUGAGUAAAGAGUAUCAUCCUGAUAAAAAUAAAAGUUCAAAAGCCCAAGAAAAUUUUGUGCGGAUUGUUGAGGCGUAUAAUGUUCUAGGGAAGCCAACCACCAGAGCUCAGUAUGACCAGACGUCGAAGAUAGAAACAAGUGGUUACACCUAUGUUUAUAAGACUCAUGUACCUUAUAAUUGGAGAACCAAUACAAAUAAUACACAAUCUAACUCAAGCUAUAAUGCAAAAACAAAUUCAUACUAUGGAGUGAAGGGGAUUAAAAAGUUAUCAAAUACUGCUAUUAUUAUGAUAUGUUUUGGUAUAGCCAUUAUAGGAGUUAUUUUACAAGUGAUUGUGAUUAAGGAAUCCUACCUCAUUCAUAGACAAAGGACACAAGAGAAAUCUAUAAUUUUGGCAGAAGAGCUGGAAAGAGUGAGAGCUGCUGCGAGAGGAAAAACUAGAGAUAUGCAAACUCAAAUCUUAUUAGAUAAAAUUGUAACAUCGUCGAACCAGAGCGUCGCCACAGCGUCGUUGGGACAAUCUUUGGCCGAUGAAAAAAAGUGAAUUUUAUUUAUUAAUGAUGUAAAGAAUAGCAAAUAUUUAUAACAUAUUUCAUUGAUUUAAAUUGUUACUGUA